AUGAAUAGGUCAAGUCGUGAGAAUGCCAAUUUACAAAUGCGAACACCGUCCAACCGAACUAAUGCGAAAAAGUAUCGAUUUAGUUCAGUAAUUGUCAAUCAUCGAUCGAAAGUUUCUGAUCAUCAGCAAAUUCCUCCUUCAAACUUCGAAAUCAAUGACACAUGUAGUGAAGUGGAAAUGAAUCAAUCCACAUUCUCCCAUCCAGCUACAUUGGACGAAUUAUUCCAUGAAUUGACAGCGUGUCAGCGAAAACAAACGCUCUUAAUCGAAAAAAUUCAUGAGCAACUGAAAUCUUGUCGUUCGACAACGUUUUUCCUUCCAUUUGAUUGUUUAUCUAAUAGUAAAUCAGUUCCUUCAUUGCAAGAUGCCUUUCAACAACACAAAUCUUCUUUUAUUCAACAAUCAAAACAACGUAUCAGUGAAAUUCAUCGCCAUAGAACGAAAUCACAUCAGAGAAUCAUCCCACCAGUCAAACAAACGAGCAAUACGUAUUUACAAGAAAGACGACAGUAUGAAAAUGAUCGUCUAUGUGCAAUGAUAAUCAAGCAUCAAAAUCGACAGAGUGCGAAAAUCUAUGGAGAUUUAGUUCGACAUCGAUUAAUAACCAAAAGAAUGAAUGAGGAUGGACAUCCGGAACAUGAGAAGAAAAAAGGCAAAGAGAAGAAGAAAGAUACUGCGGUUGGAACGUUAUCAUCGAAAUUUAUGAAAACAAUGAGAAUAUCAUCGGGAAAAUCACGUAAUCCAUUGCCGUUUGAUACCAAUGUUGAUCAGAGUGCAUUGGGUUCCAGUAGAAGCAAUCAUUUGACUACUACACACGAUAAUACAUUUACAUCUUAUACAGCAUCAUCAGAAUUAGCGCCAGUUUCGUCGUCAGCUGCAUCUAAUGAUCUCGAUGUAACUGCACUGACCGAUGAUGAAGUUCGAGAACGUUUUAAAUCUGUCAUGGAUGAUCUGUUCGAAGGAAACGAAACGAAAAAGAAAAUGUUCGAGCAAACAACCACCGCACAUAUGAGAGAAAUGCUUAGUUCGCAUUACAAACUCGCCACGAAUGAGAUGAGUGGUCCCAAGUCGCCUGAAUAUCAAAUACAAUGUUUAAAUCAUGUUACGAUGGAUAAUAUCUAUUCGAAAAAUAGUAAAGAUACAUUCGAACGUGUGGCAUUUUCGCUGAAAAAGUACGGCCUCAAAUGGAGUAAAGUGUUUGGUGAGAAUUCCAACGGUCCCAACGCGAUGCUGAAAGCAAUGCGAGCUUGCAUCACGAAAAUUCAAUUCACUCGAGAGAAAGUCAAUCGUGAUGGUGACGAACGUCGAGAAAAACAAAGUGCACUGCAUGAUAUUUUGGGAGCUGGCAUUGAAGCGUUUAAAAACUACCUCAAUCUCGGAUGGAAUUUCAAUUCAAUGAAAGAAUCCUUAGCUAAAGAUAUAGCAGAGAUCACGAUCGAUGUCUUGAAUAUCUUAGCGUUCGAAGCUGAUGAACGGUCAAAUAAAAUCAAACAAACAUGUGCUAUUCUUUUGUUCGCGUUGGCUAUGCCAAAUGAAAAUAACCCUUCGAAUGGUCAAAAUAUUGUUCAACUUCUAGCACAGUCUGUGAAGAAAUGGUGGCCAGGUCGUGAACGAUUCGAUUGUUUGGUUAACUCCUUUGAAGCAGGAAUUGAAAUAGCGAGUAGUUUUCUAAUGUGUAUCAAUGCUAUAUUUGUUACUCUAUCAACGGAGCAUCGCUAUCAUCUACGAAGUGAACUGUUUCGUUGUGGCUUCAAGACAGCUUUUGAAGGAUUACAAAAGAAGGUUCAAGAAUGCGAAGAUCUAAAGCAAAAAGAAAUGUUAGCAGCACAAAUCAAUCUAUUUCUUCGUCAUAUUGACGAUGAUUAUCAAUCAAUGAAUAUUAAACUUGAAUCGAUAUCGAGCACUUGGGCUGAUCUUCAAGCUUGUUUUGAUUAUUUACACGGUUUAGUUAAAAGCACACCUUCAGAACCAAUACUUGCCAGUAUUAUUAAUCGACUGAUUUGUAUUCGUGAUGAUCCAGCUAUUCGUUGUUCAUAUUUACGUUUAAUUGAUGAAUGUAUAACACGUAUUGUGUUUUCAAAAUCCGCCUGUGAUCCUGAUUUCGAUACAUAUUCGAUGGAUAGUGAAUCGAUUGGCGAAUCGGGUUUAGGUAUAAGUGAUCAUACACCGUCAAUACGUAAUGGUUCAUUACAUGAUCUUUCACAAAUGGCCACUACGACAAUGAAUAAUUUAACAGCAACGGAAAAUGAAAUACAAAUAAACCUAAUGAAAGGACGUGUUGAACAUCUAGAACAAACCAGAGAAAAAUUAACAAAGGCAUUGGAAAUUGUGCUAACAAAAGUUGACGCAGAAACAGUGAAUAAUUUAAAACAACAAUAUGGUGAUAUUAUUGGAGAUACUGCAUCGACUACCAGUCCGCGAAACAACAUUCCACCACCGCCUCCACUUUCAUCAUCAAUGGGAAAUAUUCCACCGCCACCACCAAUGGCCGCAUCAUUAGGCAGCAUGCCACCACCACCACCUCCACUACCUGGAAGCUUAAUGCCGCCACCUCCACCGCCACCACCAGGAAAUAUACCACCGCCACCACCUCCUAUGCCAGGUCUCAUACCGCCAGCACCUCCAAUGCUGACAGAGGGUGGCAUUCCACCACCUCCACCGUUUCCGGGUAUGGCCGGUGGAGGAGUUCCACCUCCACCUCCACCGUUUCCGGGUAUGACCGGUGGAGGAAUUCCACCUCCGCCUCCACCAUUUCCAGGUAUGGCUGGUGUGGGAGGCGCGCCACCACCCCCACCAAUGAUGAAUAUGACUGCUCCCCCACUUGGUCCACCACCGUUACCAGAUUUCUUACCAACUAAACAGAAAUAUGUUGUCGGCGAAGCUGUGAAAAAAGUUGCAUGGAACAAGAUAAAUCCACAAUCAAUUAAGAAAGAUUCCAUCUGGGCGAACCUUGACGAAAAACAUUUUCAAAAGAAAGAUCUAUUCGCAGCAAUAAAACAGAACUUUGCGACAAAAUCCGCUCCUGUGAAAAACCUAGCUGACAGUGAUAAUGAAUCAUCAUCAUCCACUACUGUGAAGAAAACAAAAGAAUUCCGUGUACUUGAUCCACGUGCUGGUCAAAAUUUUGCAAUUAUGUUCAGUCAAUUAAAAUCCACUCCACAGCAAUUUCGUCAGUGGGUUCUUGCGUGCGAUAGUCAACAUCUCACGAGCGAUUUACUUGCUCAAUUGGAUAAAUCAUUACCUACUCCUGAAGAAUUGAAGAAGCUCUCUGACCUGAAGAAUGAAAUCAACGAUCUACCUGAUUCCGAACAGUAUUUCUGCGCCGUAAGCGACAUAAAACGUUUACACCAACGCAUCAAAUUACUUCUAUUCAAAAGUCAAUACAAAGAACUAUUGGAAGAAACAGAAAAGAACUUAGUUGCCGCACGACAAGCAUGUGAAACCGUUCGAAAAUCUAAACGCUUUCCAAAAUUGAUUGAAUUUGUUUUAACCAUUGGUAAUUAUAUGAACUCAAGUGCAAAAACAUAUGAGCCCAUCUACGGUUUCGACAUUAGUUUCCUUCCAAGAUUACACUCGACUAAAGCCAAUGAUGGUAAACGAACAUUGCUACAUUUCAUUUUACAAGAAAUUGAAAAAGAUCAUUCGGAUUUACUGAAAUUUGGUGAUGAAUUUCAAGGCGUUGCUGAAGUUGCAUCGAAAAUUGAUACUAACGAAUUACAACGAACACUAAACGAAAUCAAAUCCCGUGUUUCUGGUGCUCAGACCGAUUUAGAUAAUGCUAAGAAUGCGACGGCAGAUUCUCUUGCUGGAGAUCGUUUUAGUGAUGCAAUGGAGGGUUUUGUCAAAGGUGCACGAGAUGAUGUUGAACGACUCGAAGGAUUGAAUACGAAAUUAAUCACUACCUAUCAAGAUCUAUGUGAUUAUUUAACAGUUGAUCCUAAAAAAUGUCCUUUGAGUGAUUUCUUCACGGAUUUGAAAACAUUCUGCACAGUGUUUUUGACAUGCUUACAAGAAAAUCGUCUAUGGCGCGAACAAGAAGAGAAAGCUCAACGUGCUAAGCAAUCUAAACAAUUGGUUGAUGAGAUUCGUAAGACUCAUCGUUCUGAAGCGAAAGCAGAACCCAAAGCAUACUUUAAACCAAGUGACGAAGAUACUGAUGUCGUAUCUAACCUUAUGUCCGUGCUGAAAGAUACAAAUAUGGCCGCACAACCCAGACGCGUUCGUCGACCACCAGAAGUCGAAGCGUUUGCUGGAGUAAUGAAAGAAUUGAGUAGUACGCCUGUACAUCGACCGACUGUGCCUCAACGUCUACCACCACCGCCACCACCACCAUCAUUGUCUCCACCUGGUGGUAUUCGAGCGACACCACCUCGCCUAUCUCCACCACCACCACCGAUUCCAGCACGAACUCCACGAAAGACAACGCCGCGAUGUACCCAUCGUGUGCUAAUACCCAUUGUUUACUUUCUUCUCUCUGGUACAUGUUUAAAUAUCACAACACUAACCGCUUCAUUCGCUUUGAUUCGACGAUUGAAAGUCAACGAUCUUCGAGCAAGAAUAAUCGAUCGCGAAAAUGCUCAAUUACCAUCGGAUAAUCACACAACACCACGUUUGUUAGCUUCGUCCAUCCUCAAAGAUCGCAAUUAUGUUUGA